CUGUCAAAUUAAUUGUUUGUGUGUUGCUUCAUUGUAUCUUUUUAAACAUUUUCCAACAUAAGCAAAAGCAUUUUAAUGAUUUUACCGGAUUUAACAUGUAGAUUUUAUAAAAAUGUAUUUUAACCCAGUUGCACAGCUUCCCUCGAGAGUGACGUCUUUUUUACAGUAUUCCCUGCUGGUUUUGCUGUCCUCGUUGUGCUACUUCUUCACCCGCCGAGGUCAGUUCGUGUUCGAUGAUUCGGUGGCCGUGGUCAAGAAUGUGGACGUCACCAACUGCAACACCACCUGGCAGACACUGAUGCAGCACGACUUUUGGGGUGCAAAUCUGACGGACAAGAACAGCCAUAAGUCUUUCCGUCCGCUGACGGUACUGACCUUCCAGCAAGAGGUCCGUCUGUUCGGAUUGGACGCAACCCAGAUGAAGACCACCAACUGGAUGCUACACACAUUGAUUGGGGUGCUGUUGCCACGGUUCUUUCAAGUGGUCAGUUGGAGGAGGCGAAGACGUUUUGGGAAGCAAUGGAGGAUGGAGUACUGGGCUGCUGUACUGUUUGUGGUACAUCCGAUUCAUACGGAAGCAGUAUCCGGAAUUGUAGGCCGAGCAGAACUGCUGGCCACCGUGGGAUUUGUGCUGGCUGUGAUGAUUUACGGGAGAUUGCUCAAAGAUCGAGCAACUCUUGUUGAACAUGUAGUAGUUUUAACCACAGUAUUUAUUUUAACCGCAACAUCAGUAUUAUGCAAGGAAACUGGAAUUACUAUAUUGGCAACCUGCGCCAUUAUCGAUAUCUUGAAACAUAUCAAUCUCAAACAUCCCAUUCAUACAUUCCUCAGCAACAAACCGCUCAUCAUCAGAACCAGCAUCCUAUUCACGUUAACAUGCGUCCUAAUCUACGCCCGUCUAAGCGUCCAAAAUUUCGCGUCCCCCCAAUUCCGCGACAAGGACAACAUUGUAGCGUUUAGCCACGGUCCCACCAAGUUUCUCUCGCAGAACUACCUGUACUGUCUAAAUCUAUGGCUCCUUCUGUGCCCCGAUUGGCUUAGCUUUGACUGGGCGCUGGAAUCGAUUCCGCUGGUUAAAUCGUUUCGUGACUACCGCGUCACGUUCAUUGUGAUAUUCUACGUCUUCCUGGUGGCGCUCCUAGUCCGCAGCCGCCACCAACCUCGUGCACUGACAGGACUCGCACUGAUGAUCAUUCCAUUUUUACCAGCUUCGGGAAUCAUUCGGGUGGGAUUUGUGAUUGCUGAACGGGUUCUCUACAUUCCUUCGCUCGGAUUUUGCUAUCUCGUUUCGUACGGAUUUACUAAAUUGUAUGAGAAGUUAGACAUACGAUGGGUUAGAAUAGCGAUCGGAACUGGAUUUCUACUGCUUAUCAUAACAUUUGUUUUAAGAACUGUCCAACGCUCAGCGGAGUGGGCCACCGAGCAUAGUCUAUUUCGUUCGGGGCUACGCGUGGUUCCGAACAAUGCCAAAGUGCACUACAAUAUUGCCAAAUUGGCCACGGAUCAAGGCGAUAAGGCAACUGCCUUCAAGUUUUACCAUCAGGCGCUGGAUCUUUAUCCAGAAUACGAGGUGGCUCACAUGAAUUUGGGCAAUUUGUACAGCGACGCGAAAGAUUACCGCCGGGCUUUGAGACACCUGCAGAAGGCCAUUAAGUAUCAUGAGGAUUUCCACACGGCGUGGAUGAAUCUGGGAAUUGUGCACGCAGCGUUGAAGAACCACAAGGAGGCGCUGGUCAGCUAUCACCGGGCGAUGAAGACCAAAAAGCACUAUCCCAAUUGUAUGUUCAAUUUGGGAAAUUUGUACAACGAUAUGGGAAACCACACCCUAGCCCUAGCGACCUGGAACGAAACCGUACGCCAAGACCCCAAGCAUGUAAAAGCUUGGAACAACAUGAUUAACGUUUACGACAAUGCCAACAUGAACGAGCAGGUACUCGAAGUAACUGCUCGCGGCCUCAAGCAUCUACCAAACAACCCGAAUCUGCUGGCGGCCCGAGCCAUCGCACUGGCCAAAUUGGGAAACUUUCUGGAUGCAGAACACAUCUACAGCGAUCUGAUCGCAAGGCAUCCCGACGAGGAGAAGUACCUGCAGAACAUGGGAGUUCUGUACCACCGUUGGCGAAAACUAGACCAGGCCGAACGGAUGUAUCGGAAAGCGUUGAAGAUCAACCCACACUCGGAGAUGGCUCGAAAUAACCUCUCCAAACUGCUGGCCUCUCGCCAGAAAACAAGCAAUUAAAUUUUGACACUCAAAUAUACUCAAAAGUUUUAACAUUCCA